UCAAACCCGCGACACGUCGUCUUCCUUUUCUUUUUCUUCUCCUUUUCUUCAUCUUCACACAACACUUGGGAGAGAGUAGCAUCAAAAUAAUUCCCUAAUCCUUUCGAUGCAUACAUUUCUUCACAUUCAAGUGAUUGUAUAAAACAAAAUAUCAUUGACUAUUUCCAUUCUGCUCAAGGUUAAUUAGACGCUGGUCUAUGGAUGGUUUUUCUUCCUCGAGUUGAUUCAUUGCAAACAUGGCUCAAGCUAGCAGUAUCACAAGAGGGCCCAUACCCUCGGGCUUUCAAGCAGCCGUCCAAAAUGGUACACUAACACCCGCAGAUCUCGAUGAGAUCCGCCAGUAUCAGAGAAUUAUCGGAUUUCGAGAUACAAUAGUAUCUGGAAAACACACCCGUAUUAAGGUCGCCAAGCCUACCAUGGUAACUCCUCAACAUUCUACUUCCAUCGCGGCCGAGCGCGUCGCGCAGCAAUCAUCAUCUACACAGCUGUCGCGAAAUCCAUCUCAUAAUCUCAACUCAUAUCAGGUGGAUAAUAUGCAUUCUUACAAAGCCAAUUCGCAGCAGCCAGCUGUGACCGUAGCUAGCACAGGUUCUACUACAGCCAUUCCAGGUGUUCCAAGACCUUUGAAUUCUGCUAGAACAGACUUCUAUCCUGCUUUACAUGGCAAGCCUGGAAAGGCAGAGCCUCUGUCAAAGAGACAGAAGCUUGAACAGGAUCUCAAAGAACAGCUCGAGCAACGAAAGGCUUCCCAACUGCCCCCUGAACAGAUGCUUGAUUUAGACCUCUCUGAUAUUUUGGCAAAAGCACUGACUCUUGUACAAGCUACGGCUCCUCUAUCCACAGCUGGUACUCCUAACGCUGGUAGUGUCGCCGAUUCGAGUGAUUCUUUCGAUAACAAUACUUUUUACUCUAGCCCACAUGAAACGCCCGACACGCGUGCCUCGCCCAGAGUUCAGAAUAUUUCACGUCAAGACGUACAGAUGCAAGAUGCAACUACCUCCGCACCCCGGCAGCCAACAUACCUUCCGCAGCAGCCACAAAGCCCCCUACCUAUUCAAUCAGCGGCGUCGGUGUACCAAACGAGACUUAAUCGUAGCGCGCUGUCGAUGCAGGUCGCGAGUAGUUCUCAGCAGCAGCCAAGCACCGGAGGCUUAGCUACGUCAGUCCAAAACCAUACAACCCAUACUACUACAAGGACUAGACGUGAAGGGGGUCUAAUAACGCAGUCGCAUCAGGCACGUCGCAUAGACGCACAGGUUAUCAGCUCAGAUAGUGGUGCUGCUAGUAGAUCCGAUAAUUCUGGCAAUACGGAUUCGGACCAGCCUGCUGACCACAGCCGUAUUCAGAGUCACCACCAAUUGCUUCCUGCAGCUCGCUUCAGACCUCGGGAAUCCCCUUUGAUUCGCGCUCAUGACCUUUCACCAUUCGCACCCCAACCUACCCAUGUGUCGCCGUUGACUACAGAUCAACGACCCCCUAUACCUGAGCCUGAGCUAAGUAUUCUACCCGGUGCACCCGCACAAGUUACGGCUCUACGACAAGAGCAUGGACCAGUGACUAGCCCAGAAAGCUCGCCUCAAGGAGAUAAAGGCGGCAAGAGGAAAAAUAAUAAUAAGCGAAAGAAGCCACAGAAGAAGGCUGAACCGAAAGGACCAGAUGCCCCUGGAUCGCCUUAUAUCAAGCCCGAGCCUCGGUCACCCUCGCCCCUAUCGGCGCCUCACUUUGUUCAACCUCGGAAGCGGCUCCGAUCAUCUACUCGGAACGAACAAGAGCUCGUAUACGACGAGCCACGAAUCGAACGGCCGGUCUCAAUACUCCAUCGUGAACCAUAUGCUGCUACACACGUGCAAUCCGAGAGAUCGCCUUAUGGAUUUGAAAGAGUAGACGAUCCAUACGCACGACAAGUACGUCAGUCUGUUGCUCCUACAAGUCAGAGGUUAGAACGUGCUAUAUAUGAAGAACGACGCCCGGAUGGAACAGCAGUGCAAUACGUUCAACGGGUCCAAUCUCCUUACGGUUAUACAGCUCCUUUUGGUGCAGUGGAGUCGCGUGCUCUACGCGCAGCGAGUUAUUCAGUAAAUCCACAGUAUAGAGAGGUUCCUACUUAUCAGCGUGAUGGUCGGAUGAGUGUACGACCUUACGCCGAUCGUGCUAGAUCGCGAUCUCCUGUUCUUGUUGAGAGACGCUCGCCCGCAAUGGCACCCCCUGCACCCCCUCGUGUUAUAGUCGACCAGUAUGGUCGCGAGUAUCUUGAGCCUACUCGUACCAGCGCUAUUACUCGCCAACCGGCUAUACCGGCCCCGAGAUCGAAUGAGCGUGAGGUUAUCUACGAACGAGUACCGGUACGUGCUCCAUCACGCAUCGCUGGAGACACAUUUGAGGAAGAUGGAGUUAUCUACCGACGUGCAUCACCCGCAUAUGCUCCUCGACGCGUCAUCACGCAGCCGGAAUACGGCACCGAUUACAGGCGCUAUCGUGAGCGUGACUAUUCUAUGCAACCCAUAGGCGCACCGAGUCAAGAAUUCAUCCCAGUUGGAGGAAUUGCGGGAGAACGGGGUCCCAACGAGCUUUCACGUGAAUACCUAUCUAGGGCGGCAAGUGUUCGGCCAGCAGAAGCCGUUCCAUAUUACCAUGGUCUGGGAGCCGCACGCCCCGAGGCACCCCCAAGACAAUACGCAGUCAGUGUUCACCCCGAGGUAAGAAGGGAGGCGGCUCCGGUUAUUCGAGAGUUUAGUGUCAGGCCAACGGAACAUGAUGUGACCAGGCGUGAGUUUAGUGUCCGACCAGUAGAACGCUUCUAUGACAGACCUAUUGCGCAUGCCGAGGAGGAAGUCGCUUACAUCGAGCGACCUCGAGCGGCGCCACAGGAUAUCAUGUACGCCGACAACAGUCGAAGGCAAGUCUACCAGUAAGCGUAUACGGUGCUGUCGAAGACGAUGCACACUAGAGGUUAAUAGUGUGAGGGGGUGUUAGUGGAGGUGAUUUAUUCUGAUUAUGGCUGGCCUCGUAAUCGACGGUUGGGGAUGAAAAGUUGGCGAAAUUCGCCAUGACCGUGAAGGGUGUAUAUGAAAUACCAAGCAGAAUAUGAAUCUGCAGGACAAUGGCCAUUGAGGGGCGUUCUAGGAGUAUUCUAAGGGGACAAGUGGUUUGGGCUCGGAAAAGGUUGUAGGGACCUUACUGGACGAAUCGUGAUGCACUCUGGUACCUAACAAGUCACUACAUAAUUUGCGUGUGGAUUUUAAUAAAGUCGCCGAAAAAUAAUCUACAUUGGACCCUAAUGAUAUUUAAUUCUAUAUGAAAAGAACCCUGAUCUGUAUAGAGGCAAAUGUAUCACUUGAGCAAGGGAGGAGAAUAGGAGUGGGAGUAUUCAUGCAUGUUAUUGUAACCAUAUCUUUCCUGUCACUUUUGAUUUUGGUUGCAAAAAUGUGUUAGCCGAGAGAGGGUCGGCAGACAAGGUGUUUGAUGGUUGGAGAAGAUAUUGCCUAAUAAGAUCUAACGGGUUCUACAUACCCAAACCAUCUAUAGCGACGAGCUGUUUCUUUGUUUCUCAAAGUUGUGUUUUUUCUUCUUUUCCUUUUCCGUAGGCUUAUCAAUCCAUACCUUACUUACCGAAUAACCAAAACAUAAAACAUAGCCCCAAAAUAGUAUCAC